AUGAAACAGAAGGGGCAAAGUGAGGAGACGAACAACGGCACUGUUGACGAUGGGCUUACUUUGGUUCUAAACUAUCUCCGUCACCAGAAUCGUCCCUAUUCGGCCACAGAUGUCUCAGUGAAUUUGCACAACAAAGUCACCAAAAGGAGACAGGCAGUUUAUCAUGCUCUACAGAAGGGGACCGAUGAAAACACAUUGGAGGGAGUGGUGGCUCUGAAUGAUCACAUUGGCCAGCUGCAGGAACAGCUUGCUGACCUCAGAGGCUGUGCAAAAAGGGCGCGAGCUAAGCUCACAGCUCUACGUGCGACACCCUUGGCUUUUGACCUCCAAGAGAGCAUCAGCCAACUUGAAGUGGAAAGGGAGACUACCCUCGCAAUUCUAACUCAAGCUCGGGGCACCAGCGUGGGACAGGUGGAUGAGAAAGACAGAACUGUCACCAAAAGAGCAAUGGAAUGCUGGCAGAAGCGUGUUAAUGCGCGGAGGCAGAUAUGUCGCGAUUUGUGGAGAAGAUGUCUAGAGAUGGUGGAUAAAGAUGUGACUCGAGAAGAGCUCUGGGAAUUCCUAGGGCUAGAAGGGCCUUCUAUCCUCACUUGA